UGCAAGAGGUGCCCAGGACCGCCGUGCGGGGCUCCCUCCGGGGCCGCCCCAUCCACUGUCCUUGGGGGCUAGGGGAGGACAGGGCAGCCAGGGGCAGCCAUGACGGAGCCCGAGGCCGGAGCCGAGGACCUGGACACCCUCCUCGACGAACUGGACUAUCUGCCCGGCCACUUCCACCUGGAGAUGCAGCUCAACUUCGAGCCGCGCUCACCCGCCCAGCUGCGCACCCGAGACCUGAAACUCCAGAGAGAAGGUCUGCGGCAGGAGCUGGAGCUGGUGGCCACCCCGCAGCUGCCUGCGGUGCGUCACCUCCUGGGAACCUUUUCCUUCUACCUGGAGGAGCUGGGUGAUGCCCGCGAGCAUUUCCUGGAAGUGGCCCGCAAAGACCCUGGCAACCUCAACGCCUGGGCCAAUCUGGCACACGUCUACGGGCAGCUGGGCCAGGAGGAAGAGGAGGAGGCGUCCGCCGGGCGACUGGCCAGCCUCAUGGGCCUGGCAGGGGACCCCGAAGAUGCCGGAGACCCCCGGCUCCGCGCUGCCCGCUGCCUGGCGGAGCAGGGAUACGCGCAUGGCUUCGACGUGGGCUGUGCCAGUCCAGAGGAGCGCGCACAGGUGCUGGAGGCGGGCAUCGCACUCUACGACAAAGCGCUGGGCUAUGGUCAGCAGAUCCCAAUAGAUGAGAAAAGGAGCUGGUACUUCACCAUGGCAACGCUCUUCAUCAGGCUGGAUGGCAUCUUUCUGGAGAUGGGCAGUGAGGAGCAGAAGAGGCUGCCAGGCUUCAACCGGACUCUGGCCUUGCUCGGGGAAGUCCUCAAGUCCUCAGACUCCCGACACCAAGCUCUGGCCUGGUGCUACGUUGGCAUGCUGCUGGAGAGGAAAGACACCUUCUCAACCACCCCCAUGGGUGUCCAUGAAUGUGGGUACUCGGGCACGGAGCCCCUGGACUGCUUUGGCAAGGCCAUUGAGAUUGCCAAGAACCAACCUCCCAUCUUGAAUCGCUUGGCCAAAAUCUUCCACUUCCUGGGAAAGCAGGACAUGGCCGUAGGAACCUGCAAUAUGGCCCUUGCGGUGCUUACAGACCCGCAGCUCAACUGGCAGGCAUACUGCACCAGGGCGAAGGUCCGGAUCAGAGCCUAUGUCCACGACCUGGAACGUGCCAAGGUGGGGCUCGGGGGUAUGCCUGAUAGGAACCACCUGGCUUGUGCCAAAGCUGACCUUGAGGAAGUGGUCAAGGUGUGCCCAGGCCUCAGGACCUACCUAGAUAUCAGUCAGGUUUACUACUACAUGGGCGUGGAUGCCAUGCGGGAGCUGCUGGCUGUGGACGAGGCUGCGCUCAACCAGGCUCUGGUCUUCCUGGCGAAGGCUGGUGAGUUGGAACUAGGCGACACGCUACCCGAGCUGCAACUGCUGCGCGGCAAAUGCCUACGGGUGCAGGGUGAGGACGCCAACGCUGCGGCCUGCUUCAAGCGGACGGUGGAGCUGGACGACGAGGGAUCCAGCCACACCGAGGGCUUCGGCUGCCUGCUCGAGGCACUGCUAGCCCAGUGGAGCCAGGCGCAGCUGAGCGACGGCGAGGUGGGGGACGAGGUGGACGUCUGGCUGCGCCAUGCCCAGAGCAAAUAUCCGGCAGCACGCCUGCGCCAGGAGCUGCAGAGGGUGUGGCGUGGCCACACGGAAGAGGUCCUAGGUCUGGCCCGGGCCUUAGUAGGCCAGGGACGUCCAGCACUGGUGCGGCUGCUCUUUGAGACCAUGGAGCACGAGGGUGAGGACGCUGGAGGGCCAUGCAAAAGUCGAGCAUCCUCCUGAGUCAGGUGCUGAUACCCUGUGGAGGCACCAUCCGGAGGAGGCCCUACCCCAAAGAGGUCCAACCUGGAUGACUGGAUCUAGUCACAGCACCCAAGGCAAGCCACCAGGCAGGGUGUGCAGGGCCAGACGUUUUCUGCUUCGGGGCUGUAGUUUAAUAGAAGGCUUUCAUAGCAAGCAUGAGUCCCUGGGGUUGUGUCCCACAUGGAGGUUGGGGUGGGGUAAUCAAAGCCCCACCCCCGAAAUUGUGAAUGGGUAUUUUGAAAGGUUUUAUCAAUUUGAAAUACCCAUAGGGCAGAAAGUGAGCACUUGCAGGAAAUUCUGCGGAGCAAAGGAGUCUGGGAGCAGGCAUGAGGGGCCCCUGGAAAACUGCCGCUUGGGAGAAAGAGUUUUGCAAACACGCAGAGAAAAUAGGAUGGCUCAAGUCUCCUGACAGAAAAGAUAGCUGUCUCAGAAGUAACUUUCUAUCCCCGGUGCCUGAGCGACUGCCACUGGAUUCCCAAGGGCCACACUGAAAGUUUAGCUAAGUGGAUUUCAAGUCCUAUAGCCAGAAAAGCCCGGCUAAAACAGGCCAAGGUGGCACUGUGCCCGGGUGCAGGCAGAGUCCUGACUUAAACUCAGGUACUCAGAGACAGUUCCUACCUCUCUCUAUCA